CUUAUCUCAUCCUAUUCCUAUAUUUCAUCAUCACACUUCCAUCACCAUUUAUGCUUCCUCCUUCCUUACCUUCCUCCCAUAAAAGCAAAACAAAACAAAUCUUACGUUGCAGAAAAUUAUCCGUUUCAUCAUCUGAUCUAUUGCAGGCAUACAAUUCAGUCAGGCGAUGUCAUCUUACAAGAAGAAGAUUGUCCUCAGCAGUGUUGCAGUGAAGCUAGGCUGCGGCAGCAGCUGCAGAAGGCCCAAACUCUCUGCCGUCUUCGUCCCCAAACCACGGCGGCGCCACCACAAACCCGCCGCCGCCGCAUCCACCUCCACGGCGCCAAACUUCUCCAACUACUCCUCCAGCUCCUGGGACACCACCACCACCACAUUCUCUCCGGCGAACUACUCCUCCGACGCCGACUCCGAGAUCAAGAGCCUCAGAGCCGUGCACGGCUUCGGAAGGGUCGGCGGGGAGAGCGUCGCCGUCGAGAAAGACUCCGACGACCCUUACCUCGACUUCCGGCAGUCCAUGCUGCAGAUGAUCCUCCAGAAAAACAUCUACUCGAAAGAUGACCUGAAAGAGCUUCUCAACUGCUUCUUGCAGCUCAAUUCCCCUUACUACCACGGCGUCAUUGUCAGAGCCUUCACGGAGAUCUGGAAUGGGGUCUUCUCCGUGACGCCGCCGGUGGCACCGCACGGCGGGGCCGCCCCGGAGUGGAUGUCACGUGGCUUUUAGGCAACGCACGUGAUAUCAUAUGUGGGCCCACACUGCUUAUCAAUAAAGUUGUGUCCAUCAAACUGUAGCUGGUGAAAGUAGAUUCUCGGGGGUAGUAUGGUAAUUGUCGUUCCCACAAAAUAUUACGCGUGGGACUCCUCUAUAGUGUGCUUGAUGAAGCACUAAUUAAUUAAUGCACUGUUAGAGUGUAGGAUUUAAUGAUUCCUAGAAGAUCAGAUAAGCUUAGUUGUUCUAUUUUCACAGCCUUUUUUCCCACCUAAUAGGGUUUAGAGGAUGGAAGUUUUUGUUAUUAUGUUCGUUGAGUGGUUAAAAAUGCUGUGAAAAUUGUAACCCGUAAGCGUAUUGUUGUGUUAUUAUUAUGUAAUGUAAUGUUACUUUGAAUUUCUCUAGGCUCUAGCUCUAAAG